UGGACUGUCUCACAUGCCAAACACCUAUGUGCAGCACCCCUCCAUCUCCGUGGGCUCCUAUUGAUGUCUGCCUUGCAGUGAAAGCGCUUUUUGUUGCCGCUGUUCGAUACACCCCAGCACAUCAACGCAGCAGCUGGGAGCAGGAGGAGGAAUCCCUUCGCUUUCUCCCCUCCUUUCACUCCGAACCCUAGUCAUCAGCAGCAACGCGCGUAGCCCGGCAAGUUUCCGCACGUGAAUGGAUUUUCCUGGCUCAUCUCCAAAGACCUUGCGGUAUUUCACAAAGCGGAAGAGAGGUGAACGAGCAUCACCCCCUCCAGGAGGUCGUGCAGCCCCGCGGGGACGCUCCUCCCGCUCCUCCACCCGCGGUGCAGCGGCCGCCUCCCGAGCUUGCUCGCGGGGCCGUUAGCGCCAGACCCGGCGGAGAGCCAGGGGGUCCCUCCGCGCCUCCCUCUCGCAGCCCCUCUCCACCAGUAGCAGCGCUGCUGUCUUCCCACAGGAGGACUUGGGAGGACGCUGGAUUCUGCAGCGCCCCCGCCCCCUCGCUUUUUCUUUCUUUCCUUGCUUUGGGAUCUUGCUGCUGGAUCCGGAGAGGUUCUGAGAAGACAAGAGCAAGGGACUGAGAUCAGGCUUCCGCUGCGGCGCGGGAACACAGCCGGGGCCACAACCCCCAGCGUCUCCACCCGCUCCUCGCCACCCCGGCGGGAAUGUGAGGAAGGAAAGCCCCCAGCGCCGCCGCCCGCCCUCGAAGGCGUCCCAGAGAGCGUCCUGGGGGCCCGCGGCUGGAGCCCUUGUCCCCGCAGCACCGCGGGACUGGAGCGGCGAGGCGCACUGGGUGCCGCUUCUCGGCUUCCACUCUUCAGAAAGAGCGCGGUGGGGAUCAGCGCCUUUCCCGCACUCGGCGCAACUCCGGGACCGGCGGCGCGCGGCUGGACCGAGUCCCGCUUCCCGCCAGCUCACCCGGAGUCCGGGGCAGCCCCUGCCCGCCCGCCUGCACCCCUUGUCGCUCUAGCUUGCGCGAACCUGCUGCUCCUCCACGCCCAGGUAGUGAGCCCCGCGGCUCCAGGUCUCUGCAGCGCCCUCGGCCCCAUGGACAGCGCACCCAUCACCACUCCCUAAGUGCUGGCGCCGCCGCCGUCCAAGCUGCGCACUGGGGUCCCUCGGCUCGCCCCUCUCUGGGGUGUCCGAGAGGCCGGGGAGCGUGCACCAUGAAGUCCGCGCUGUUCACCCGCUUCUUUAUCCUCCUGCCCUGGAUCCUAAUUGUCAUCAUCAUGCUCGACGUGGACACGCGCAGGCCAGUGCCCCCGCUCACCCCGCGCCCCUACUUCUCUCCCUACGCGGUGGGCCGCGGGGGUGCCCGACUCCCGCUCCGCAGGGGCGGCCCGACUCACGGGACCCAAAAGCGCAACCAGUCUCGGCCGCAGCCACAGCCGGAGCCGCAGCUGCCCACCAUCUAUGCCAUCACGCCCACCUACAGCCGCCCAGUGCAGAAAGCGGAGCUGACCCGCCUGGCCAACACGUUCCGCCAGGUGGCGCAGCUGCACUGGAUCCUGGUGGAGGACGCGGCGGCGCGCAGCGAGCUGGUGAGCCGCUUCCUGGCGCGGGCCGGGCUGCCCAGCACUCACCUGCACGUGCCCACGCCGCGGCGCUACAAGCGGCCCGGGCUGCCGCGCGCCACUGAGCAGCGCAACGCGGGCCUCGCCUGGCUGCGCCAGAGGCACCAACACCAGCGCGCGCAGCCCGGCGUGCUCUUCUUCGCUGACGACGACAACACCUAUAGUCUGGAGCUCUUCCAGGAGAUGCGAACCACUCGCAAGGUCUCCGUCUGGCCUGUGGGCCUGGUUGGUGGGCGGCGCUACGAACGUCCGCUGGUGGAAAACGGCAAAGUUGUUGGCUGGUACACCGGCUGGAGAGCAGACAGGCCUUUUGCCAUCGACAUGGCAGGAUUUGCUGUAAGUCUUCAAGUCAUUUUGUCCAAUCCAAAAGCUGUAUUUAAGCGUCGUGGAUCCCAGCCAGGGAUGCAAGAAUCUGACUUUCUCAAACAGAUAACAACAGUCGAAGAACUGGAACCGAAAGCAAAUAACUGCACUAAGGUAUUCAUUACACUUGUGCUGCCCGACCUCGAGUGUCAGCAUGAAGAGUGCGCUACCCAAGCUAUUUCCUUCCCCUUCAGGUUCUCGUGUGGCACACUCGGACAGAGAAGGUUAAUCUAGCCAACGAGCCAAAGUACCACCUGGACACAGUGAAAAUUGAGGUAUAAAUUGAAGCAGCAACUGGUGCAGUUUGUCCAGCCAGUGGAUCCAUAUGGAAGAGGAUGUUUGGAGUUUAGGCUACAGAGCAUUCAGGUAUUGUUUGUUUUACUUCAGUACAGCAGCCUUUCUUGUCAUCUGAUGGACAUCUGUUUAAAUGGAGCUUGUCAGUUAACAUAAGCUAAUUGGAUGGUUGGUACAAAAUGUAUGUUUUGUCUUCAUUUGUUCUGCAUGUUUUCUCUACAACAACUAAAUUGGAAGAUUUUUUGUACAGUGC